CGUGGACAAGCCACAGUGCUUCUGGGAGAACGGCUUUUGGACAGAUCAAACAAAAUUGGAGUUUUUUUUUCACAGAAGAAAAAAACGGAGCUUUCAGAGAAAAGAAGACCUUUGCCACUGGGACGCAUGGAGGAGGCUCAGUUAUGUGAUGGGGUUGAUUUGCUGUGUCUGGUACAGGGGGCCUCGAGUCUGUGCAGGGCCCAAUGAAAUCAGAAGAUGAUCAAUGAUGAUCAGUGACUGAGUAAUGAUCAAUGCGCAACUAAAGCAACUCAUACUAAACUUGUGUACACUGUGAUCCUUCAUUAAACUCUGAGCGAGUUCAACGAGAGAGAGCCAGAGGAGACACCCAGAUACUCAGCCAUAGGAAGCUGACUCCUAAAUUUCCCCAAGACGUAGCUCGGAAGAGUGAGCGGGUCCAUCAGAAAUCCAUCCAGCUAAAGCCCGGGCUUUUAUUCUGAAGCGCCUGUCCCGGAAGUCCUGUCCUACUGUGGCGGGGGAGCGGCGAGCAGCGAGCAGCGGUCCGGGGCAGAGCAGCCUGGUUCUCGACCCCAGAUGUCCCGUCGCCUUCACCGGACACCCGCCUAACGGCCCGACGCCUCCUCCCGGGCCUCCGUCCCCGAGGCCACGUCUUCCAGCGGCUCGCUCCGAGCCUUGUUUUGGCGGGCGUCUCGCGCCGUUCGCGGGUCUCGCGGAAGGAUGGUGCUGUCCACAUCCCAGCAGGUCGCCCUGGCUUUCACGGCCGUGCUGUUCACCUUCGUCGUCCUGCCCAGGUUGUUCGGCGUCGGCAGCGGGACCGGGGCGAAGGAGACUAGAUUCGACCCCCGCUACGCCAGGAAAGCAGGUCCGGGCCCGGGUGCGGUCAGGGGUCAGCCCAUCAGCGUCAACGCCCCCGGCUCAGCCCAGACCCCCGAGAACAUGCAGCAGAUGAAGAAGCUGAUGGAGCAAGAGCUGAAGAGUGACAAGUACAAGUCCAACAGCAACAAGGGCUACGUGUUCACACUGAUGCCUCUCUAUGCCAUCGGAGUCGGAGUGUUUGCAGCCUACAAGUUCUUGAAGAUCAAGUCUGCAGAUGACCAGGCACAAAGGGACAAAUUUGCCAAAGGGGCCAAAAAAUCAGUGGAGGCAGAAAACCAGUUGAACGAGCUGGAACAAAGGCUGGCACAGACAGAGAGGAUGCUCAACUCCAUCCUCACCCAGCUGGACCCGCUCACUAACUGUGUGAAGUCAGUGGCCCAGGAGCAGAAAAAUGAGAUAAUGUCUCAGCUCCAGACCAUCCGGUACCUGAUGAAGAAGAGAGGAAUGGACUGUCCACCCCUGAACAUCAACGAGGCGUCCUGUGAGCGGAAUCUGGACCACCUCAUUGAGUCCCUCGGGGCCAACGACUCCUCGGCGGAGGAGGCUUCCCCGGUGGACAGUCGGACGUCCGGAGCGGCAGAGGCUGCUGAAAAGGUCUAUCAGAAACCUGCAGAAGCUAAAGAUGAAGCUGCAACAGAGGGUGAAGCGAUGAAGGAGCUCAUACCAGAGGAAUCUGACGGGGAGGAGGAGGAGGAGGAGGAGGAGGAGGAAGGAUUGGAGGACUGCGAGCUCAUGCCUUCUCUAGAGGACUCUUAUGAGCCAAACACUGAGGAGGUGUUGCCUGCGUCCGGCCUCAGGCGACGCAACAGGCCUGAAUGACCUUACUGCAGGACUUCUGCACUGUAUACAAAUGUGAUGAUUAUUAUUAUUAUUAUUAUUAUUAUGAAUAUUUAUUAUCUGAAAGGCUUUCCUUCCAAAAUGCUGUCUACCUAUUCAUCAGAGACAUAAAAUCCAUCAAUGAGACGCAGUAACCUCAAAGGAAAGCUCCGUGACCAGACACGUAGGGCUGUAUUUUCCUGUCGCAGUCACAAAGACCAGCACAAACUAGAUCAUGUACACCAGGUCAGAGGGGGCGUGUCCAGGUGCGUCUGCUGUUUUUGCUCACACGGGGGCAGUGUGCUAUGUGUAGACGGGUCGGUCGAAGUGGAUUUGGUGAGCAGUCAUCGCGUCUCACUCCUUUUUAACGGCUGUGCUAAUCCCAGUCGGAAGUCGACUCGCCAUUUUCAGUGACAUGCGGUAUAACCAUGUGGCGCGGCGCACAUGAUAACUCGAUCGGAAGCGGUGAUGGCCGACAGAUACAGGAAAAAUAAAUCACCCGUUGGUGUCGCUGAUCUGGCCCAGCUCAGUUCACGCUGCGUCAAUGGCGUUUCGCCUGAUCUGUGUUUUUCAUGUCACGCUAAAAGCCGUAGCUCAGAGCCGUCACACGCGGCUCCUGGAGGUGAUUAGGGCGCUUUAAAACCCGGAGCGGCCCAUGUCUGCAAUCUGCAUCCAAAUUCGCACUCCUGCUCGGAGUCAUAGCGCCGUCGCAUCUGAACACACAGACAUGAUGCACACGAGUUACGCUUCUUGAGAAUAUCGUUUUUUUUGCAGUGUCCGUCGCAAACAGUCGCAUCAGUCAUCACAAAUGAAGAUCCGGAAAACCCUCAGCGAAGACUCUCCCUGUAACUGCGGCGCGUGCCUGAGAGUCAUCACGUUUUAGAUCCCGCCGUCUGCACCUCCACGGGCGCACCGCAAGCACAAAUGGCCCACAGCCACUUUGGCGUCUGUUCGAUGGUGCUAAAAAUGGGGCUCAAGUGCAGCCCACAGCUUUCUAGCCGACUCCACUGCAACAUACUUCCUGCUUACAAUCCCCAAAGCCUCCAAAAUCUGGGAACUGUAGUUCCCAGACUACACGAGAGCGGGAUUAUCCCCCAGAUCGAAGAAAAAUAGAGACUAAUACCGGGAGUAAGAAAAUCUGCUAGCAUUAACUUCUCGUGUUGCUGUGUGUGCUUUCUGACAGUAGUAGGGCUCAGGUGGGCUGCAGGGUUCGGGGGAGCAGCCGCCCACAGAGACUUUGAACCCCCCCGCUCUAAAAGACGAUGACUAGAGGAAGGUGUGCGCCUGGCGUGAAGCAUUCUCACCGCGCGCUUUGAUUUCAGAAACGCCAGUUGAUGCGUGGGGACUUGUUGCACCCGUUGUUUGCAUAUGUGCCCCCAGGUCGUCAGACAGACAUUCUCAGCUCCCGACGCUUUGCCUCGCGAUGCCAUUCCUGCUGCUGCUCUCUGCACCAUGUGGGCCGCACUGGGGGACAAACACAGACGAGACGGACAGACCACAGGGUUCUGGCCUAGUCCUGCUGGUUUCAGUCUUUGUGCUGACGUGAAAAUAGAGCCCGUAAUGUCCUGUGCUUUCCUGUUGUCAGUCACUUUGUAACACCAAUUAUCACCUUUUUAAAGUUGCCUGAUUUUGGAAUGAAAGGACUUUCAAUGCAUUUUUGGUUUCCAGCACCGUCGCCAGUUUUGGUUUGCACCUGUUAGAAAAUGUCCAACAUUUAAAGCCCCUGUCACUGCUGGAUUGCCUUUACUGUUCCUUUCUCAUGGCGGACAACUUGUCAAACACAGGUGCUUCCGCUGACACGGCUGCGGUCCAUUCAGGUCCAGGACCCGGCUGUUGUGCGUGCUGGCCCCCUGACGUGUCUUACUGGUCCAGUUGACCGGAGCAAAACGUCACGAAUAUUAGUAGUGUGACUUGUGCUGUUCCUGCUGUGGCAGGUCAGCAUGUCUGCCGUGAGAAAGGUCUGUCGACGCCACUAUUCUGCUGCGACAACUGCCGCAUGGCACGAGCUCGGAUGUCCUUAAAGACCCGGCCUCUGUCCGUCAGCCCACAGGAAAUGUGCUAUCACUGUUGCGGCUUAACCCUGCUGCGUCCUCUGCUGCCACCCUCGGGUUGCCGGUGGAAUAGCAACAAUCCAACUAGUGUUGGUCAUGAUAAGUCAAAUCGAAGGUAUGAGACUGAUGUUUCCACGAUAAAUGCUUCCAAGUCUUGCCAUAGAAAUGUCCAUCGCCUUUCUUCAUUUUGAAUAUCGACUAAAUUCAUUUUUUUUAAUCAUAAAGGGACUGACAAUGUGCCGCUGGAUGCGAUGAGCCUGCUCAGCCUGCAGAAUAUCCCAACGUACAUUUUAGGAGUGUGGACUCGGGCUUGUGGCAUGUUGUUAAUACAUCCAAUCAUAUCUGUGCGUGUUUUAUUUUCUAUAACUGUUUUGCCUGCACAGUGUGACUGCAUGAGGUUUUAAUUUACUCAUUCACAAGGAAAAUGACAAUCGUUUGAUCAGCCAGAAACAUGGACGUCGAUGAUACAUGACUGUUGUAAAUAAGCUUUCUUGUAGUGCAGUCAUUCUGUGGAAAUUGUGAUCUAAAAUCCUCGUGAGAGGUCACCGUGACGAGGCUUUAGGGUCGUUUACGUGUUCUGUUGUUGGGUGACAUACAUCAAACCACUGCCAGGGCGCGUCUCUAAAUUUCCAAAUGCAGUGAAGAAAUUUAGGUCCUGAGAGUCUUUUGUGUUGCUGCCAUUUAAUACCCAACAGGACUUAGCGCCGGAGGAAACUCUACGCAUGAUCGUUUUACACGGCAUGUGUCCCUGACUGUCAGAGAUCAGCAGCGAACGAUUGAGGAGGAUACUGUCAUUUCAUUAACUUUGCAGUACAUGAUAGCAGCCCGGAUGCUGAUGCAGUGGAACGUGCUAAACUGUGGUAAAAAUCAAAGUAAAAUGCUAGUAAUGAUCAUUUUUGCCAAAACGAGAUGUUCCCUGUAGUGGAGCAUGUACAGCGUAAUAACAUCCGACCCGGUCUUCUCAUUAUCCAGCCCACAAAUCAUCGCCUUUAUCUGGGAUGAAAUAUUUGAUCUGUACUGUUUUUCCUCUGCCUCACAUGUUCACUGUCUCCACUUCUGAGUUUUACCCAUCGACAUUAAUGCCACGUGUUGGUACCACGAAUCUUUGCCUUAAAUGAUUUAGUGCAUGUUUUGUUUGAUUUCUUUCCCUUUGCCUUUCUGUGUUGAAGGUUGUAUGUUUCAUGUGGGAGUUGAGUGGAAAACCUCAGCUUGCCUUAGUGGAAAAUAAAACAGAAACCCA